UUGGUUGGUGUGGAAUGGAAACAAGGAUGUCAAUCAACUGGUGCAUGUGCUGAACCAAUCUUUCGGAUUACGCAACGAAAUGUUAUCAAUAACGAAAAAAUUUCAAAAAGUUGGAAAGUACUGAAGGAUUUCGAAAAGGUAUCGUCACUUUAUUCUUCAGUUCCUUCAAAUUUUUACUGCUGCGAGAAAUUCUCGUUCCUUGGUCGUUAUCAAGUAUCCCAAAAUAUCUCUGCUAGAAUAUUGAACGUUCUCGUUUUCUACAAUGCGUUGCACUAA